GUGGAGUCGAUAAAAAUGUUUCAUUUGAUAUCUUAUAGAAUAGAUAAACUUUUUGAUAACAUGGUUAACUAUAUGCUUCUGCUUACGCGACGCCAACAAUUAAGGUAGAUAAGUGGUAAAUGUACGCCCGCCAUGCACUUUCAAGGCAAGACAGUAAGUUGGGUUGCUGUUGACAUUUGAAGCAUGAAUUCAGCAUCAUUAUGUCAUCGCCCUUCUUGGAAAAUUACAGCAUUGAAGUGGAAGAGCAAGAACAAGAGCAUGAACAUGUUAAACAUUCGAUGCAACGCUCGGGUGAAUGGCGAAGACGAUUACCAUUCAACUCUCAAAGCUCUACAGUCUCGAGGUCGAUUCCCUAGAAAGUCAUUAGGCCAGCAUUACAUGCUAAAUUCAGAAAUAAAUGAGUUUCUGGUAAAAGAAGCACAAGUGAAUGAUGGCGAUGUGGUCUUGGAAAUUGGACCUGGGACGGGUUCCUUAACAAAUGUUCUUGUGAAUGCUGGUGCUCUUGUUUUUGCAAUUGAAAAGGAUCCUCAUAUGGCUGCCCUUGUUUCAGAACGAUUCAGAGACAAUGGAAAAGUGAAGGUUGUGCAAGAUGACUUCACAAGAUGUCAUAUAAAAUCACAAAUUGAAUCAUUUUCAGCUUCGGUUAGAGAAGGUUCAGAUCCUGGACGGUUGGCAAAAGUCAUUUCUAAUCUGCCCUUUAAUAUCACUACUGAGGUGCUAAAGAUACUUCUUCCAAUGGGAGAGGUAUUCUCCCAUGUAGUGUUGCUUCUACAGGAAGAAACAGCUUUGCGCUUGGUAAGUGCUUCCCCAAGGACACGUGAAUAUCGUUCAAUUAAUAUGUUUGUUAAGUUCUAUUCAGAGCCAGAAUACAAGUUCAAAGUGCACAGGGCCAAUUUUUUUCCACAACCAAAUGUGGAUGCAGCAAUUGUAGCAUUUCAAUUAAAGCGUGUUCAAGAAUAUCCUCCUAUUGUCUCACCAGAAAGAUUCUUCUCAAUGGUAAAUUCUGCUUUCAAUGGGAAGCGUAAAAUGCUUCGACAGUCACUUCAGCACUUGCACGCAUCUCAUGAUAUUCAGUUGGCUCUCAAGACUCUUGGCCUUCCAGAGACCUCACGACCAGAGGAGCUUAAACUGGACGACUUUGUAGGAUUGUACAAUUUACUAGAAAAUCCCAAAUUCGUUGGUUAAGUAGGGUGAGUAUAACCACCAUAUAUCCCACUUUCUCGCUAUUUGUAGAGGAUCUUCCAUAGUCAAGGGUAUGAAAUUAAUACAUAAUUUAUGAUCUUUCCUGUAUACCCAUCAUAUCUUUUUGUGAUUACUGUUAAGUCUGAACAUUAUAAAACCCAUAUGUGAUAUCAGGACAGUGUCAGUUGCAGUAUAAACACAAUAGUUUCAACAAUGGCAGCAAUACAACAGUUUGCCAUACAACAGUUAUCAUGCACUAGUAUUUCCUCGAAUACACUUUGUUUGCAAAGUUUAUGUUGACAGGGACUGUUGGACAAGCAAAUUAAGAUCCUUCUGUAUAUUCAUGUUGUAAUAUUGUACACAUUGUUUUUGUAAAAGUAGCAUAUCUAUCUCAGAUAAAUCCACAUAAAAGAGACCAAGAGAUAUCA